AUGGGUCAUCAACCCCAAGUCCACCGUGCCACUAACAAGGCCCUGGCCUCUCCAGGGCCCGAGGCCAGCCAGGAUGUUAAUUUCAUCGAGCUCAAUUCUGAUACACGUCCCUCUUUGAUCCCCUCUCCCUCCCCGUCAUCUCGAGGGAUUCUUCAAGAGCUUUCAGCUGAUCAAGUUCAUAACAAGAGUCUUGCUUGGAACUCGCCUCGACGGGAAAACAACCAGAACCAGCAAUUGUACUUCAAGACUGGUCCCAUCAAGCUGCCUACAAAGACAUACCCAUCUCGAGGGCCACGGCGCUCACUCAUUGAUUCUGAUAGCUUCGAACUCCUCGAUGUAGUUCCUGAAGAAUCAAUUGAAGCCAGCGACUUGGAUACUGCGCCCAGUGGUCUUUCACCUUUAACUUACAAGCUACCCCCUCCAGAAACCACGUUCAAAUCACACCCGUUGUUGGAUGCAGUGCCUCAAAUUGGACACGAUUGCGAGAAUCAUCGAGCAGUGCCAGCGAGUAUCGCCAAGGACCACGGCUCUUCCGACGACAGUGAGAACGAUCGCCACGACGUCGAGACCACGGUUUAUGGCUGCUCUUUGCUGUCACGCCGUCCGGACCCUGUCGGCAAUUCCGAAGCUGACGUCUUCAAUCUUAUAGCCACACCAUUGAUUGCUGAGGAGUAUCUGGCUUUGGGAUUUGACCCUUCCCAAGUUCCGUGGAAUACUGCCAAUAUGGCAUUGCCUCCGCCUCCAGCAUAUGAGCUUCAUCAAAAUGUCCCACUUAAGAUUCCCGAGGUCAUCGAGACGAUAGAGCCUGUUUCGCCUUCUCUUACUUUGAUCAGUGAGAGAGGCAGUAGCUACGCAGGCUCCUCUAGGACCGGGUCCUUCUCGGUGCCUCGAAUUGAGGACUCUUUCGAGGAACUUGAUAAACUUGAGGAUGAGCUCGAAGCCAUCAAGGCUUUCACCCAACCACAACGCAUUCCCGUCCCUGAGAAUACUGCACCCAGUGCUAAACACCUUGAGCCGCCCUCCACGAGUAAGAAGCCGACCGUUUCCAAAAGGGCAUCCGUAAUCGGCAUGUCUUCCACAGUCCGUAUCAAGCAGACUGAGAGGCCACAGCUUCCUCUUCGACGAUCAACCUCUCUAGUAUUUAGAGACAAGAAGCAGGAUGAUUCAGACAAUACGCCAAAGUCGAAAACACAGGCCACACGUGGAAAGCUGACCAACUCUCAAUCCGCACCAUUGAAGGCACCUGUCAAGUCCACGAAGCCCACUACUGUUCCCAACUUUGAGCUUCCUGGUGAGGCUGUCUCUCGACGCCUGAAGGAACAGCGCGAGGCUCGUCGAGCCCAACAGGCUGAGGCUCAGAAAGCUUAUGCGCCUCCUCCGAGACCAAAGUCUAGUAAACCACUCACGAAGCCGAACUUCGAGCUUCCGGGGGAAGCAAUCUCUCGCCGUAAGCGCGAGGAGCGUGAGGCCCGGCUCAAGGCACAAGAAGAAGAGGAGCAGAAGAAGCGAGAGUUCAAAGCGAGGCCUGUGCGAAAUAGUUUAAUGCCGGGUAGCAUUCCGCGAGAAACGAUUACCAGUCUUGCUCGACAAGGCAAGCUCCCACAAGACGAGGCAGCUAAGACAUCAACUUCAACUAAAGCAAAGCGGGUGUCAAUUCAGGUCCCAAGACCAACCCCGGUGUCAGAGGCUCCAGUUACCCAGAGCCGAGGUCGACUUUCCACUGCUACAUCACGAGAAGACCUUAGCCGGGGCACCUCAACUUCUAUCGGAAGCGGUGGUGGAAAGCGCACCACGCUCACUGCUGAGGAGGCGUAUCAACUGAGGCUUCGUGGGAAGGAGAUUUUCCAGCGAGAUAACACAAGCUUCACACGAGACAGGGAGCGUGAGAGGCGGGAGCGUGAGGAAGCAACACGCCUUGCUCGCGAGCAGGCUGCGGAGCGCUCUAGAAUUGCGAGCCGAGAAUGGGCAGAGAAGAAACGACGUAAGGAGUUGGCCAUGCUGGAGUCCCUCAAGGGACAGUGA